CCUCCCCCCUACCCUGUCCCCGUCCCCUCCACGAGGUUCAUCGGUUCUCCUGCCCCCCCCCCGGCUGCCCAGCAAAGCAGCACGCAACCAUGCUCCGGCGCUUCUACGAGCUCCCCAACCACAAGCCCACCAGUCUGGUCGUCAAGGCGUCCCUCGGUGCUCUCGUUGGCGGAGGCAUCGGCUUCUAUGUGAUUGAGAAGCAUGAGUACGACCGAAAGGAACACAAGCAUGCCGCCCUGCGAGCGGAAUUGGCCGCCAAGCGCGAGCUGGCCGACGAGCUGGAGCUGGCACUCGAGCGUCUGCGCGCGAAUCCCGGCAGCGAGUCCUGCCGCACGCAUGCGGCCACUCUGCUGACUCGCCUGCAGCAGGUCGAGGCGGCAUCCAUCCCCGGGCCGCUGGAGUUCCUCCAGCGCGCCAACAUCCCGAUCUUCCCGGAGGACGACGCCUCGCACCCGGUGGCCGAGAUCGCCCAGCAUCUCCACCUCUCGCAGCGUGAGCGCAUGGAUCUGCUGAAGGAGCGUCUGGCCGCGCGGAAGCUCGGCGAACAGGAUACCACGGAGGCCGGGCCCGCCACCACCGACCCCGGAGCCGAAGCCCAGGCCCCAGCCACCCUCGGUGAUGAGCUGGUGGGCAAUGCUCGGGCGUGAGUGCUCCGGGCUCCCCCCCCCCUCCCGAGACCACCGGCCCCCUCUGAAUUUUCUGUCCUUGUGAGUAUGCGGCACCGCUCCCCGCCGCCCCCAUAUUUGCCCGUCUCCCUGACCGCGGGUGGGCGCACGCGCGUGUGCGCAAUAGAUUGUCCUCCCUGUUCUCG